CGUCCCCGGGCACCGCCCGUCCUGCCCCACGCAGCCGCGGGGACGAGGCAGCUCCGCCCGGGGCCUCGCGCUCCCCCCGCCUCAGCCCACCGGGGCCCGGCCCGGCCCGGCCCGAACCCGAGGGAGCCGCCGGCUUCCCUCGGGAUGGGACCGAUCCUGCCGGGGCCCCGCCGCAGGCAGGCUCCCCUUAGCGCAGGGGGGAGGCGGCGCGCACCUGCCCAGGGCGCCGGGGCGGGCCCAGGCAAACCCCGCCCUCCGGGACUCCGCACCGGGAAGCCUCGGCUGGGGCCGCGCCGCGCCGCCACAGGCAGGACUAAAUGGCCAGCAGAUGGACUGUUUGAAGCACUUGGUUUGACCAGCUGAGAGGAGGGACUUUGCUGAGGAUACCCUACAGGGAAUCUGUUGGGUAUCGCUGCCAUCUCAGACUCUUCCCUGAUAUGGAACAAAGUGAAGGUGAACAGGAAUCGCAGCCAGAGAGUCACGUGGAUAGCAAGAGCAGCGUGAAAGCCUUGCCUGGAGGAGAGGCCCAUGUCAAGCUAGAGAUAAAGAAACAUGCAGUUACAGAUGACUACAAACUCUCCAAACGGGUGCUAGGGUUAGGAAUCAAUGGCAAGGUACUGGAGUGUUUCAACAAGGAGACAGGCCAGAAAUGUGCUUUGAAGCUCCUGUAUGACAACCCAAAAGCCCGUCAGGAAGUCGAGUAUCAUUGGCGAGCAUCAGGGUGUCCCCACAUUGUCCAUGUUCUGGAUGUUUAUGAGAAUAUACAUCAUGGAAAGAGAUGCCUCCUCAUUGUCAUGGAAUGCAUGGAAGGAGGAGAGCUGUUUAGCAGGAUCCAGGAGAGAGGAGAUCAAGCUUUCACUGAGAGAGAGGCCUCUGAAAUAAUGAGAGACAUCGGGACAGCCAUCCAGUAUCUGCAUUCAAUGAACAUUGCCCAUAGAGAUGUCAAGCCUGAAAACUUGCUUUACACAUCUAAAGAGAAGGAUACUGUUCUCAAACUCACAGACUUCGGCUUUGCCAAAGAAACAUCUGUAAAUGCACUGCAGACCCCCUGUUACACUCCUUAUUAUGUGGCCCCAGAAGUCCUUGGUCCUGAGAAGUAUGACAAAUCAUGUGACAUGUGGUCGUUGGGUGUCAUCACAUAUAUUCUCCUGUGUGGGUUCCCUCCAUUCUACUCAAACACUGGUCAAGCCAUUUCUCCAGGCAUGAAGAGAAGAAUUCGGAUGGGGCAAUAUGGAUUUCCCAAUCCAGAGUGGGCUGAGGUAUCAGAGGAAGCCAAACAACUGAUUCGCCAUUUACUGAAGACUGACCCGACGGAGAGGAUGACAGUUUCUCAGUUUAUGAAUCACCCUUGGAUUAAUAGAUCAAUGGCAGUGCCACCAACCCCUCUUCAUACUGCACGGGUCCUGCAAGAGGAUAAAGACCACUGGGAUGAAGUUAAAGAGGAGAUGACCAGUGCUUUGGCUACCAUGAGAGUGGACUAUGAUCAGGUGAAAAUCAAAGACUUGAAAACAUCCAACAACCGCCUCUUGAACAAACGCCGUAAGAAACAGAAGCAGGCAGGCACCUCUUCUGCAGCCCCGGGGUGCAAUAACCAGUGAGAAGCCAAGGACCUGUGGGUGGAGGGUAGAACUUUAAAAGGAACAACUGAAAAUCAGUCUGAUCAACUCAGUCCGUACCACAAAUCUGGGCAAUGAGAUCAAGAAGAAGCUAUCCUGCCAAGAGGGAGCAGUGUGAAUGAUUACAUUUUUCUAACUUGAAUUGGGGCUUUGCUUUUCAAGUCUAACAUAUAUGACAUGAUUCUGUUGCAUAUUGCUGGGGAAGGGACAGUAAUACCAGAAAUGUUACGGGUUUUUGUUCUGGCUUUGAUACUGUUGGAUGAGAGGAAAGAUCAGGUGGAAGUCUCAGAAUACUAAUGCACUGAGGCCUUAACAGCCAUCUACAAGAGUAACUUCUGCUACUGUUUUCAACUUGGGAAUAGAAAAAUGCCAAGUGUUCUGCUAGGAGAGUUCUAGCAGUUCAAACAUGAGUAGUGAGAAAGGAGAAAAAUGUCACUGCUCUUUAUACAAGUAGCACGGGUGCAGCUCUAUUAUGGAUGCAUCUGGACAGCAUUUCAUGUUAGAGUUGGUAAUAGUCAAUUAUUUCCAAACUUACCUCCUAUAGUUACAGAAUAUCACCUCUAAACAGUAAUCAGUUAUUCCUGUUGCAGGAAAAAAGCAUCCAUACAUUUCCAUUUUUAUAAAGUCUUCCUCUGCGCUCAUGUGAAGAUUUGAGUUUGUCUUGGAGUCUCAUUUGAUAACAUGUAAGUUUUCUAAAUUGUAACCAUUGUGUCAUGUCUGUGCCAGUCACAUCCCUCUCUUGUAAUGUUUUUAAUUUAAAUAGUGCUUUAUGUGAAGAGUUUAAUAAGGAUUGAAUUAGUUGAAAGUAUCCUGCAGAGAAUAUUGCUGUUCCUCUUGGAUCCAUAACCUCUAGGGUGUGCAGCUGGACAUGCAAUUGUAUACAAGAGACUGCUCUAGAAGACAGACUUCUGAAAUUCGGGAAGAAGUGGUAAAUGCAUGUCCUGUGAAUGGACCCUGGUGUCUGCCAGCAUCCCUUCUGGUAAUUACCUCCAGGUCCUGUGCCUGACAUCUGCUGAUCAUAACAAGUUUUGGGGUGCUGGGGUUGGGUUUAUUCCUGGGGUCAGGGAGGGGAGGAUGCUACUUUAUUUGCAGUGCUUUGUCAGUGUUUCUGCAUCCAAAGAUUUUUGCCACUUAAGGGAAAUCGCCUUUGAGUAUAACCACCUAUUUCCCCCUCCCCCAUCUUUUGUCUUUGUUUUAUGGGAUUCUAGCUUUGGUUUGCUGAUUUGUUUUACUUUGUGAUCAAAAUAGUUCCUCUCAUUGUAUUUUGGUGGUUUGGGGUUUUUUGGUUUUUGUUGUGUUUUUUUUUUGAAGUUGAGGUGAAACAAAUAUUUGUGAAAGUGUUAUCAGAGUCUGGGGUGAGAAUCCUGUGCUUCCAGUGAUGCAGGCAAAAAUGCCAUGGUGGUAGGCACACAGGGUACUGUAGUGGUAAUAGGCUGAGAAGAAUGUUGAAGGUUAAAAAGGAAAACAAGGCACCAGAGAGGAUCCUAAUUGCCACGUCUGACGGCCAAACAGACUUGGUCACCCCCAACAAAGAUCAGCUCAAGGCUUUGGACCUUUUCUGGUGAGCCCUGUUCCCAUCUUCAGAAUGUCGGAUGAGACUUCCAUUCUUCUCUGUGAACUGGCCCUAGGGUUUUAUAAACUGAUUUUAAUAAAUCAUGUUAUAACAUUC